AGCAAAUUCGAUUAAAGAAUAUCAGAAAAGUAUAUGGAAGAUGUAUGUGGUAUCGUUUACGGUUAUUAAAACCCCAGCCAAAUAUUAUUCCUACAGUAAAGAAAAUAGUUCUGCUUGCAGGAUGGGCAUUGUUUUUAUUCCUUGCUUACAAAGUUUCCAAAACAGACCGAGAAUAUCAAGAAUACAAUCCUUAUGAAGUGUUAAAUUUGGAUCCUGGGGCAACAGUAGCAGAAAUUAAGAAACAGUAUCGUUUGCUGUCACUUAAAUAUCAUCCAGAUAAAGGAGGUGAUGAAGUUAUGUUCAUGAGGAUAGCAAAAGCUUAUGCAGCUUUAACUGAUGAAGAGUCCCGGAAAAAUUGGGAAGAAUUUGGAAAUCCAGAUGGGCCUCAAGCUACAAGCUUUGGAAUUGCCCUGCCAGCUUGGAUAGUUGACCAGAAAAAUUCAAUUUUGGUUUUACUUGUGUAUGGGUUGGCAUUUAUGGUUAUCCUUCCAGUUGUUGUGGGCUCUUGGUGGUAUCGCUCAAUACGCUAUAGUGGAGACCAGAUUCUAAUACGCACAACGCAGAUAUAUACAUAUUUUGUUUAUAAAACCCGAAAUAUGGAUAUGAAACGUCUCAUCAUGGUUUUGGCUGGAGCUUCUGAAUUUGAUCCUCAGUAUAAUAAAGAUGCCACAAGCAGACCAACGGAUAAUAUUCUAAUACCGCAGUUAAUCAGAGAAAUUGGCAGCAUUAAUUUAAAGAAGAAUGAGCCUCCACUUACCUGCCCAUAUAGCCUGAAGGCCAGAGUUCUUUUACUGUCUCAUCUUGCUAGAAUGAAAAUUCCUGAGACCCUUGAAGAAGAUCAGCAAUUUAUGUUGAAAAAAUGCCCUGCCCUGCUUCAAGAAAUGGUUAAUGUAAUCUGCCAACUAAUAAUAAUGGCCCGGAGCCGUGAAGAAAGGGAGUUUCGUGCUCCAACUUUGGCAUCCUUAGAAAACUGCAUGAAGCUUUCCCAGAUGGCUGUUCAAGGCCUUCAGCAGUUCAAGUCUCCCCUUUUGCAGCUCCCUCACAUUGAAGAGGACAAUCUUAGAAGGGUUUCUAAUCAUAAAAAGUACAAAAUUAAAACUAUCCAGGAUUUGGUGAGUUUAAAAGAAUCAGAUCGACAUAGUCUAUUGCACUUCCUUGAAGAUGAAAAAUAUGAAGAGGUUAUGGCUGUCCUUGGAAGUUUUCCAUAUGUAACGAUGGAUAUAAAAUCACAGGUAUUGGAUGAUGAAGAUAGUAACAACAUCACAGUAGGAUCCCUAGUUACAGUGUUGGUUAAAUUGACAAGACAAACUAUGGCAGAAGUAUUUGAAAAGGAACAGUCUAUCUGUGCUGCAGAGGAACAGCCAGCAGAAGAUGGGCAGAGUGAUACUAACAAGAACAGGAUGAAAGGUGGAUGGCAACAGAAGAGUAAAGGACCCAAGAAGACGGCUAAAUCAAAAAAAAAGAAACCUUUAAAAAAAAAACCUACACCUGUGCCAUUAUCACAGUCAAAACAACAGAAACAGAAGCAGGCAAAUGGAGUUGUUGGGAGUGAAGCUGCAAUAAAGGAAGAUGAAGAAGAAAUUUCUGACAAAGGCAGUGAUUCUGAAGAAGAAGAAACCAAUAGAGAUUCCCAAAGUGAAAAAGAUGAUGGUAGUGACAGAGAAUCUGAUAGGGAGCAAGACGAAAAACAAAACAAAGAUGAUGAAGCAGAAUGGCAAGAAUUACAACAAAGUAUACAGCGAAAGGAGAGAGCUCUGUUGGAAACCAAAUCAAAGAUAACACAUCCUGUGUAUAGUCUUUACUUUCCUGAGGAAAAACAAGAAUGGUGGAAGAAGGUUCUGUCUACCGGGACUUGGUGGACAAAAGUUUCCAUCCAUAAAAAUUCAUUUCUUUAUAAUUGCAGUGGUCAAAGAAAACCUUCUCUUUACCAGAUGUUUCUUCUAUUAUUCCUUCCAAAAUUUCCUUUAUAGUUGGAAGUUCAUGAGGCUAAGCCUGUGCCAGAAAAUCACCCACAGUGGGACACAGCAAUAGAGGGGGAUGAAGACCAGGAGGACAGUGAGGGCUUUGAAGACAGCUUUGAGGAAGAAGAGGAGGAAGAGGAAGACGACGACUAAGCAGUACCAUGAAUGGACUGCAGUGUUGGGAACGUUUGCUGUUUUGGAAUGUGUAAUAAACCAGGAACAGUACAGAACUGAUGAUGGGAGAGGCGUUAGUUUCUUUACUAGAAAUGGGUGCAUAUUAACUAGGCAGUGGUGGUGCCUUGGUACAAUCUGAAAAAUACUUCAGGCUUAUUAACGCCUUUCAAGUAAGGGAUGGUGCAUUUAUUUCAUCUGCAAGUGAUAAUAAAUCCUUUGUUAUUAUAACUGUUCAGAAGUGUGGGCUAUGUAUUAUCUGAUCAAUUUAUGGUCCCAUAAAAGUAAAGGUACAUGAAAAACAGUCUAUAAGUGAGCAGUUUUCUUUGUUCAGCUUUAGUUUUAGUAAAUAUUAAAGUAUGAUACACACCACAAAUGUUUUAAGUAACAUCUGCUCAAGUUUUUAAUGUUGCAGUAAGCUCUAUUAUUCAUUUAUUGACAUUUUGCAGUGAUAUAAGAUUAUUUAUAACAUCUCCAUUCAAAGCUUUAAACCUUUUAUUUUUACCUUUAUUGGUCAUAAUUUGGCAUUCUCUCACAUUCCACAUAAGUUAGAGGGCUACGUUUUGGGAUUUUCCUUUUCUUAAUUGCCCAGACUUUUCAAACAGAUUAUAAAAAUGGCUUUUAAUGACUUAAAACAAUUUUAAGCCUUUAUUUUAUCAGACCAAUGCAGGAUAAUUCUUUUGAUAAACUAUAGGUCUAAAAGGGAUCGUGGGACCAUACGUUGUCUGAUGUUGAUGGCUUAUGUAAUUAAACCUUUUUAAAAAGGUUCACUGUAAAAGCUGAACUAUAUCUUAGCUUUUAAUCUGCCUGACUCUAUCAGAAUCCUUUUAAGGGAAAUAUAACAUGCAGAGGAGGCAUUUUUUGUAUUCAUUUUGGACUUCUGUUAAUAAAAUAGAAGUUUGACUUGUUUUACGUUUGUAAUGGUGUGUGUCUUUUUACUCCCAGAGAAAGGACAUUAAUAGGGUAAUCCAUUAUUUUAUUUUUCAACUAAAAAUUUAAUAUUGUACAUUACUGCUGAAGUGACUGCUAUUUCUGUACACUAUUGAAAAACCUAUGAGUGAGAGGGGUUUCUCCUCAUAGUACAACUGGAAGGAUAGUGCUUAUAAAGAGUAGAAAUGUGUACAUGAUGAAUCAUUGAGGAAAGGUGUAUAUUUUUAUUACUAGAUAAGGAAGAAGCGUAAGUCUGUAAUAUUAUAAGACUGAUUGUAAUAAUCCUCUUCUAUCAAAAUCUCCAUAGGCCAAAGUACUGUUGGAAUACUAUUUGUAACCUUGUUUACUUUACAAAAAAGGUUGCCACUUUCCAUGCAGAAUUACCACUGGUAUUUUGUUACUGCAGUAGUUGGAAAUAAAAUUUGAAAGUUACCAAAAACA